AUGGUUAACAGUGGAGUAGGAAGAAAAACACGGAGUGGAGAGGAACCAACGUUUUUGGAGCGUCGCCAGGGGCAAGAUAGGGAGCGGGCAGCCUCUUCGCUCCUUGAGCCUCACCUGGGUGGGGGUCUCACCUCCAAGUCUCAGGCCCUGCAGCAGCGACGCGGGGCCGCAGGAGGCAAGAACCACCUCAAGCGCCCAGGACCCCUGACCUCAGCUUGCUGUAUCCUGACUGUCCAGGACCACGCCAAAGGCAAGGCGCACGCGCAGGAGUGGGGAGGCAGUGGGCUGGGAGGGAGGGGGAGGCAGAGCUUAGUGCUGGCUUCACAGGGUGGGGGUGGGGUAUCAGCGGCCUUGGGAAUCGAAUGGACCCCAGAAGCCGAGCCAGGACUUAGCGAGCAGCCCAGCUGGCCCCCUCCUAUCCCGGCCAGGCCCAGACCUUUGCAAUGCCAAGGGGUCUCCUGCCUGAAACCACCCUCAUCUCCAGGAUAUAAUGGCUGUCCUGCCCCCCAAGCUGGCAAUAGUGAAACCCAGGCUGAAAAUCACGUCCAGGAUAGCAAACCUGAAACCCAGGCUGAAUAUCCUGAUCCCCAGCCUAGUUACCCUGGAACCCAGACUGAAUAUCUAAUCCUACCAGCUGGCGAUACAGGAGCUGGCCUAGUUGGCAUUCCUGUCCAAUACCAGCCAGUGUCUCUUCAGCCAAGUGUGCCUGCAAGACUACUAUGGAUUCCAGAACUAACACUUUCAUCAGACUGUCCACCAGGGUUGGAACAUUUAAAUCAGCUAGAUCAAGUCCAGGUUCAUCAGCAAAUUGAACUUACAGAAGUGAUAAUACAUAUUGAAACAAAUAACAAAUAUGAAAUUAAGAACCAACUUGGACAGAGAAUUUACUUUGCAGCAGAGGAUACUGAUUGCUGUACCCGAUAUUACUGUGGGGGUUUUAGGCCUUUUACCAUGAGGAUUCUUGAUCUUAUAGGCCGAGAAGUCAUAACUCUGGAGAGACCACUAAGGUUUAACUGGUGUUGUAUUCCCUGUUGCCUUCAGGAGAUAGAAAUCCAUGCUCCUCCUGGCAUACCAAUAGGCUAUGUUACUGAGAUCAGGCAUCCGUUUCUGCCAAAGUUUAGAAUUCAAAAUGAAAAUAGAAAGGAUAUACUAAGAAUUAUUGGUCCAUGUUGUAUGUGCAGCUGUUUUGGAGAUGUUGAUUUUGAGAUUAACUCUCUUGAUGGAAAAAAUGUGCUUGGCAAGAUUUCCAAGCAGUUUACUGGGAUCGUGAGAGAGAUAUGUACAAAUUACAGUAACUUUGGCAUCCAGUUCCCUUCAGACGUUGAUGUGAAAACGAAAGCUGUGGUGCUUGGCGCAUGUUUCCUCAUUGAUUUCAUGUUUUAUGAAAACACUGGAUGCACUAAGCUUUUGACACUAGGAUUGUGGUAG